UUACAUAAAUGUUUACCCCAUUAAAGCAGUGAUGUGGAGAGGAGCUCAGAUAUCCAGGUGGGGUUAUGAAACAGGGAGCCUCUAUAUAAGCCAAACCUCUGGACACAAGAGCUCUGAAACAGACUGAACUUCUCCCAAGACUGCUUUUUUUCCCAGGUCUGAGUCUCCAGGAUGUUCAGGGUUUUAGCCCUCCUCUGUGUACUAGCUACGUGCUGGGCACAGGACUGCACCGUGUCAAACUUCCAAGUGAUGAAGAAUUUUGACCGACAGAGGUACACUGGGACAUGGUAUGCUGUGGCCAAGAAGGAUCCGGUUGGACUCUUUCUGCUUGAUAACAUUGUGGCGGAGUUUGCCAUGGAAGCUGAUGGGUCAAUGACAGCUAAAGCCAAGGGCAGAGUGAUCAUCUUGAAUAACUGGGAGCUUUGUGCGAACAUGUUUGCUACUUUCGAGGACAGCACAGACCCUGCUAAGUUCAAGAUGAAAUACUGGGGAGCUGCUACUUAUCUUCAGUCUGGAAAUGAUGACCACUGGGUCAUUGACACUGACUACGACAACUACGCCAUCCACUAUUCCUGCCGCCAGCUGGACACCGACGGCACCUGCCUGGACAGCUACUCCUUCAUCUUCUCCCGUCACCCCAACGGCCUCAGACCCGAGGACCAGAAGAUCGUCACGCAGAGAAAGCAGGAGCUUUGCUUGCUCGGCAAAUACAGGCGUGUUUCUCACAACGGGUACUGUGAUGGGAACUGAUUCAGCACUGCCAAAGAAAACACUGUGAAAUUUUAAAAUCACAAAUAAAACUCCAAAUGUUUGUAUAAAAUGUAUUUGAAAUCAAUAACAGCAAAAUACUAUAAAAAGAAA